ACUUGUUCUGACAACUUUUAUCACUUCUCCCUUCUAUCAACAUUUUUGCUAUAGUUUUUUCCAUUUGUUUUCAUAACAAAAAAAAUAAAUCUUAUUGAAAAUAUAAAUUUCUUUAUAUAUUUCUUAGUAUUUAUAUAAAAUUUAAACAGAUUAAGGUUAAGUAAAAGUGUAACAACUAACAAAAUACAUGUAAUUUAAAGAAAUACAAUAAAUUUUGGUGGCCAAAAAGUUUUUGUUAAGUGAUUUUGCAGGAAUUUUUGUUACAUUUUAUUUUUUUUAAGUGUUGUUGUUUUUAUUGUUAUAUUAUGGUGACAAGUGAAAAAGGAAAAUAUUGUACAUAGAAGAAGAAAUACGUAAACACAUUUUGUUUGGUUUUAAUUAAUAAUAUAAAUAGUAAUACAUUUAAUUAUAUGACGGAGGAGAGAGAUUAUUUUUGUAAAUGUUUACCAUAAUGGAGAAUAGAAAACGUCCUCGCCUAGAGUUGAUUAAUACAAAUAACAAUAAUUCGAAUGAUACCCUGCAGGGAGUGGCUUCAACAACAACAGCAAUGGGCACGGCCACCUUAGCCACAAUUGGGGGACAGAGUUUUAUUUUAAGCAAUUCCUCGUCUUCGGCACUUCCCGCCAACAUAUUGCUGUCUAUAUGUGAUGAUAAUUCCGAUGAGUCGGAAGAGUAUAUUUUAGAUCAUUCAAUGCUAACACAAAUCAAACAGGAGCAUACAGUGGCCACCCAAACUCAAAAUAACAACCAAAACCAACAGCAGCAGCCCACUUUGGUUACCACUUUGCCACAAUUUCGUAUAGUUAAUCAAGCGGGAAAACCCUUAAACACCUCUUCACUUAACUCUCCCAAUUUGAUCAAUAGCACACCGGUCAACAACACCAACUCGAACUCAUUAAUAUCGAAUAGUGUACAUUUGCCACCAGGCUGUGAAAUUUAUGUAAUCAAAGAGGUUAUUGAUAAUCCCAAACAAGUAAUUGCUGAAUCUAACACUGCUACUAACACUAGUCCCAAGUUAGUGGCCAGUAAUCAAACUACUAUCAAACUAGAGCCCAUGUCUCCCUUGCCCUUACUACGCCAUAACACACAAAAUCUAAAUUCUAAUUCUAACAUCACUUUAAAUACCAAUUCACCAGUAACCACUACUACUACUUCUUCAUCUUCGAAUAUUUCAUCCUCGACUUCGCCCGAUGAUACGGCUAAACGUAGUUUAAUUUUAGAGGCCUACAAGAAACGUGAUGACAAACGUCGUGCCACCCACAAUGAGGUAGAACGUAGAAGACGUGAUAAAAUUAAUAGUUGGAUAUUUAAGCUUAAGGAAAUGUUACCGUCUGAGGUAACGCCCUCCUCAACUGGCGGCAACAAAGAGGGUUUAACCGCAACAGCUAUUAAUCAUAAUAGUGCAACAGCACGUUUGUUGGUGCAGCAGCAGCAGCAAGGUGCUGCAACUACACGCACACCGCCUAGUGAUUCCAAGUCGCAAAUUUUAAUAAAGGCAUGCGAAUAUAUUAAAUCAAUGCAGGAGGAAAUUAAUAGCCUCCGGGAGUGCCUUACGGAAAAUGAAAAUUUACGUUUGAGCAAUCAACGUUUACAAGAUGAAAUUAAUAAUUUACGCAACAAACAACAACAGCAACAGAAACUACAUCAUAAUAACAACAAUAUCUUAAUAACAACAAACACCACCAACAACCAUAAUACAAAUAAUAACAAUCACAAUAGUGAUAAUUCGGAUGAUUGUGAAUUAACUUUAAAUUCUUUAAAUGCUACAUAUGCAAAUGUACAACUUUUUGCUCCCUCUUUAACAAAUCAAAACAAUAACAACAACAACAAUCAUCAUCACCAUCAUCAUCAUUUAGCGGGUCUAGUGGGUCUAACAACAAAUUCCAAUAACUCAACAUCAACAACAAAUUCGGUUAAUGUAACAUAUGCCAAACGUGAACUAAUUAUAACCGAUUAUGUCGAUUAGUUUUUUUUUUAAAUUAUACA